UUAGGUGUCGACCGUCAAAGACGCAAGAGGGCGGCCACGCCAUGGCCUCGCAGGUCGCAGCUAUUUAACCUCGCCACAUCGUCCAGCCAAGAGUCAGACACGCUUCGGAGGUGGAAGCCAUGGCGAUGGCGAGGCUGACGGCCGGCCGGUUGCUGGUGAUCCUGCUCGCUCUGCAUCUCCUCGUCGCGUCCACUCAUGCAGCUCGUUUCACAAGGAGAUUCAGCGCGAGGAUGGUUGAGCUUGAGGCUCCGCCGUUGAAGGGUGCUGAAGAUACAGCAGAGGAUAACUGGAGAAGAAACGCAGUGGUUGAGGAGAUGUUUGGAAGGAUGGCUCUGCAGAUAACCGACUACCCUGGUUCAGGCCCAAAUGAUCGUCACACUCCCAAAGCACCGGGUCCAUGAUUUUGACAAAUACAAAUUAUGAGCUUUUGCUGAACUAUGACGACAUGUACAGAGAUUAGCAAGCCCAUCAUUAAUCGUCUAUCAGCUAGUAAAACAGUAGCAGCCUUCAAGUGUAAAUUUUUAGUGUGAACUUUUCGUUCAGAAAAUUUGUAGCAUAACAGUGCAGCUCCUGCCUGAAUUCUUGCAUAGUGGCACCAGUCCAUGGAAAUUCAUGGAAGGCUUUGGGUGCUUUCUAUUUGAGAGCAGGGAUCGAUGAAUAUAUCCUGUUACUUACUUCUGUAGUUGUAGAGUAAGAAUUGUACUAAGUAUGAACAAAGUAGCUGCAGAUUCUCUGCACAGUAAGCUACACACUGAACUUUGAGACCUUCAGCAGAACCUGAUCAGUUGUUCAGUUUUCUCAAAGAGUAAAAUACACCGGUGGUCCCUAAACUUA